AUGGCCGCAGCGGCGUGGCCGGGGGUCGCUGGGGGGGUCGUGGCCAUCGCCGUGCUGUGGGUGACAGCCGUGGGGGCAGCCACAGGGCGCUGGUGCGAGCGGACGCUGCUGGUGACGGAGCAGGAGGAGGUGACGCCGCGGCGCGAGGCCGCGGUGCCGUGUCCCAGUUUGUACCAGUACAGCCUGGCCGGGUGGCGGCUGGACCGGGACCGCACGCGCCGGGAACGCGAGAACUCCCCCGGGGACACCGGCACCGACCCCGCCCUCUGCUACAUCUACCGCCCCCCGCAGAUGCAGCCGGUGGUCCGGAACCGCACGGAGCGUGGCUGCUGUCCCGGCUGGAGCGGCGCCCGCUGCACUGAGGGCCCCGGCUCCCUGGGCCGCUGUUUCAGCGCGUGGCAGUGCCAGGACAGCGCCGGCGGCCACAACGGCAGCGCCAUGAGCCGCGCCGAGUGCUGCCAGCACCCCUGGGGACACAGCUGGCGCCGCGGGGACACCGGGGACGCCGGGGGGCCCUGCCUGCCCUGCACCCGCCUGCCCCUGGGCGGGGACGGGGGCUCCCCGCGCCACCGCAGCCCCCCGGCCACGUGCCAGGCCUGGGCCGGGACGCGCUUCCGCACCUUCGACGGGCGGCACUUCGGCUUCGCCGGGAGCUGCCGGUACAGCCUGGCCACGGCCACCGACGGCACCUGGGACGUCACCAUCGGCCUGGGACACCCCCGGGUGCUGCACAUGACCUUCGGGACGGACACGGUGGUGGCCGAGGGACGGAACGUGUCGGUGAACGGGGCGGCAGUGCCGGAGGGACGCCCCUACCUGCACAAAGGGCUCGGUGUCACCUGGCCGGGUGACUGGGUGGCCGUGGCCAGCAGCCUGGGUGUGCGGGUGGCCUGGGACAGCGACCUGGCAGUGACAGUGACAGCGGAGCCCGAACUGCGCGGUGGCACCUGGGGGCUCUGUGGCACCUACACCGACGACCCCGCAGACGACUUCGUGCGCCCUGACGGGGACAUCGCUGCCGUCGCCGCCGCCUUUGGCAACGCCUGGAAGGUGCCGGUGGCUGGCACGGAGCCCCCGUGCAGGGACGUGCCGGAGGGUGGCACCAGGUGUGGCCCAGGUGAGCUGGCACCGGCGGUGGCCACGUGUGGGCAGCUGCUGGCCCAGCCCUUCCGGCAGUGCCACGGCGAGGUGGACCCCAGUGGGUUCUAUGCAGCGUGUGUGGCACUGCUGUGCGGGGACGGGGACCCCGUGUCACCGCCCGGUCCCCUGCCAUCCCCCGGUCCCCUGCCAUCCCCCGGUCCCCUGCCACCCCCCGGUCCCCUGCCACCCCCCGGGCCCCCGCCCCCCGCCGCCUGCGACACCUUCGCCGCCUACGCCCGGGAGUGCUCCCGCCGCCAGGUCGAUGUCCCCUGGCGCCAUCCCGGCUUCUGCGAGCGCCGCUGCGACGCGGGGCAGCGCUUCUCCGACUGCGUGUCCCUGUGCCCGGUCACCUGUGUCACCGCGGGCAGCGCCGAGCAGGGGACCUGCCACCGCCACUGCCACGGCGGCUGCGAGUGCGGCCCGGGGCUGGCCCGGGACGGGGCGAGCUGUGUCCCCCCGGCCGCCUGCCCCUGCCACCACCGGCGACAGCGCUACGAGCCCGGCCAGAGCAUCCGCCAGCGCUGCAACCGCUGCACGUGCGAGGGUGGCCGCUGGCGCUGUGACCAGCAGCGGUGCCCGGCCGAGUGCGCGGUGCUGGGGGGACGUCACUUUGUCACCUUCGACCGCCGCCGCUUCUCCCUGCCGGCCACCUGCGCCCACACCCUGGUGGAGGACUUCGUGGCGGGGCGGCUGCUGAUCACAGCCGAGCACGAGCCCUGUGACAGCCACCGGCCCCUCGGCUGUCCCCGCAGCCUCACUGUCACCACCAGCCGCACCACGGCCCGGCUCCACGGCACAGGGGAGGUGACAGUGGCCGGGCGGGAGGUGACGCUGCCCUUCUCCGGUGCCGAGCUGAGCAUCCGCCGCGCAUCCUCGGCCUUCCUGCACCUGCAGCUGCCCGAUGCCCACCUGCUCUGGGGCCUGGGGACCCCCGACACCUUCAUCACCCUCCAGCCCGCCAUGGCCGGCACGGUGCGGGGGCUCUGCGGGACCUUCAACGGGGACCAGCGUGACGAAUUCACGACGCCGGAGGGGGACGUGGAGCCGGGAGUCGCCGCCUUCGCCAACGCCUUCCGGGCGGCCGGAGCCUGCCCGGCGCUGGGCCCCGGCAUUCCCGAUCCCUGCGACGGCUUCCCCGGGAGCCGGGAGCGCGCCGAGGCCGCCUGCGCCGUGCUCGUGGGGCCGGCCUUCCAGCCGUGUCACCGCGUGGUGGAUCCGGAGCCGUUCCUGGAGCUGUGCCGCUGGGACGUGUGCGCCUGCCGGGAGCGGGAGCAGGAGCGGUGCCUGUGCCCGGCGCUCGGCGCCUACGGCCGGGAAUGCGCCCGGGAGGGGACGGAGCUGGAGUGGAGGAACCGGAGCCUCUGCGACGAGCCGUGUCCCGGGGGGCAGCAGUACCGGGACUGCGGGGGUCCCUGCGGCCGUUCCUGCUCAGAGCCCCCCGGAGCCAGCGACUGUCCCCCUCCGGACACCCUCUGCGUCCCCGGCUGCCGCUGCCCCCCGGGGCUGCUGCUGGCCCAGGGGGGCCAGUGUGUCCCCCCUGCCGCCUGCCCGUGUCCCCGCGGCGCCCGCCUGUACCCGCCCGGCGCCCGCAUCCGCCGCGGCUGCCAGGCCUGUGUGUGCGCAGGGGGGUCGUGGCGCUGCGCCCCCGCCCCGUGUCCCCCCGCCCCGCGCUGUCCCCCGGGGCUGCUGCACGCGCCGGGGUCCUGCCUGCGCCGCUGCGACCCCGCCGAGCCCUCCGGCACCUGCGGCGGCCCCGCCGACGGCUGCGUGUGUCCCCCCGGCACCCUGUUCCUGGGCGGGCGCUGCGUGUCACCGGACGAGUGUCCCUGUCACCACGGCGGGCAGCUGUACCCGCCCAACGCCACCAUCGCCCGCGACUGCAACACCUGCGUGUGCCAGGGACAGCGGUGGCACUGCGGGCGCGAGGAGUGCGCGGGGACCUGCGUGGCCACGGGGGACCCCCACUAUGUCACCUUCGAUGGCCGCGCCUUCACCUUCGCGGGGGACUGCGAGUACCUGCUGGCGCGCGAGGCCACCGGGCUCUUCGCUGUCACCGCCGAGAACGUCCCCUGCGGCGCCAGCGGCGUCACCUGCACCAAGUCCGUGGUGGUGGCCAUGGGGAACACCGUGGUGCACAUGCUGCGGGGGCGAGAGGUGACAGUGAACGGGGUGGCCGUGCGACCCCCCAAGGUGUUCGGGGGGUCGGGGCUGGCGCUGCAGCGCGCGGGGCUCUUCCUGCUGCUCCUCACGCGCCUGGGGGUGGCCGUGCUGUGGGACGGAGGGACCCGCGUGUACGUGCGCGUGUCCCCGCGGCUGCGCGGCCGCCUGGCCGGGCUCUGCGGGAACUUCGACGGCGACGCCGAGAACGAUUUCGGGAGCCGGGACGGGGCCCUCGAGGCGACCCCCGAGAUCUUCGGGGACUCCUGGCGCCUCAGCCCGCUCUGCCCCGAGGCCGACGGCCACCGCCCGCACCCCUGCGAUGACAGCCCCCAGCGCUCGGCCUGGGCGCGGGGCCGCUGCGGGGUCCUGCGGCACCAGCUCUUCGCCCCCUGCCACGACCUGGUGCCCCCCCAGCGCUUCUACGAGUGGUGCCUGUUCGACGCCUGCGGGUGCGACAGCGGCGGGGACUGCGAGUGCCUGUGCACGGCGCUCGCCGCCUACGCCGAGGAGUGCGGCCGGCGGGGGAGACCCCUGCGCUGGCGGAGCCAGGGGCUGUGCCCCCUGCAGUGCGAGGGGGGGCAGGAGUACAGCCCCUGCGGCCCCCCCUGCCCCCCCACCUGCCGCGACCUCGGCCGCGACCCCCCCGAGCUCUGCGGGGCCCUGGGGUGUCUCGAGGGCUGUUUCUGCCCCCCCGGGCGGGUCCUGCACGACGGGCUGUGCGUGGACCCCCCCGCCUGCCCCUGCUUUUGGGACGGCUUCGCCUUCCCGGCCGGGGCCACCGUGACCCAGGGCUGCAGCAACUGCACGUGCCUCGAGGGGCGCUGGCAGUGCCCCCCGACCGCGUCCCCGUGUCCCGCCGCCCCCGGCUGCGCCCCGUGGGAGUUCCGGUGCCGGGGCGGGGGUCUCUGCGUGCCGGGAGCGUGGCUCUGCGACAACGAGGACGACUGCGGGGACGGCUCGGACGAGCUGUGCGACCCCCCCUGCGCCCCCCACCAGCCCCGCUGCCCCGGCGGGCGCUGCCUGCCCUGGGGGGCCCGGUGCGACGGUGUCACCCACUGCCCCGACGGCUGGGACGAGGCGGGGUGUCCGCCCCGGGCCUGCGCCCCCCCCGAGUUCGCCUGUGCCGGGGGUCGCUGCCUCCCCCCGGCGCGGGUCUGCGACGGGCGGCUCGAUUGUCCCCCCGGGGACGACUCGGACGAGGCGGGCUGCGCCCCCCGGUGCGGGCCGGGGCAGUUCAGGUGCGGGGGGGGCAGGUGCGUCCCCUACCCCCACCGCUGCGACGGCCGCGACGACUGCGGGGACGGGAGCGACGAGAGCGGCUGCGCCUGCCCCGAGGGGCACCUGCCGUGCCCCGGGGGGGGCUGCCAGCCCCCCGCCGCGCUCUGCGACGGCCGCCGCCACUGCGCCGACGGCGCCGACGAGGCCAACUGCCCCGCGCGGGCCACCUGCGCCCCCGGGACCGUCCCCUGUCCCGACGGCUCCUGCGUGCCGGAGGUCGCCGUGUGCGACGGCGCUCGCGACUGUCGCGACGGCUGGGACGAGAGUCCUGCGGGGUGCGCGGUGGCGCUGCCCCCCGCGCCGCUGUCACUCCCCGUCACCGCCACUGUCCCCGGCGCUGCCAACGCCUCGGCAGCGCCCUGCCCGCCCCGGUCCCUGCGCUGCGACAGCGGCGGGUGCGUCCCGCGGGGGUGGCGCUGCGAUGGCGACAGCGACUGUCCCGAUGGCAGCGACGAGGGGGGCUGCGACCCCCCGUGCGCCCCCGGCCACCUGCCCUGCGACCCCCCCUGCGACCCCGGCCACGGCCCCUGCGCCCCCGCCUGCGUCCCCCCCCGCCGCCUCUGCGACGGCGUCCCCGACUGUCGCGACAGCGCCGAUGAGAGCCCCCAGCUCUGCGAGCCCCCCGGCCCCGGGAGCAGCCCGCGGGGUCCCUGCGCAGAGUUCGACUGCGGGGACGGGGAAUGUGUCACCUUCCAUCAGGUGUGUGACGGGCUGCGGGACUGCGGCUCGGCUGGGGACGAGCGGGGCUGCGGCCUCUGGGGGCCCUGGGGGCCCUGGGGGUCCUGCAGCCGCCCCUGCGGGCCCGGGGGGCAGCGCCGCGCUCGGGGGUGUCACCAGCGCCACCCCGGGCUGCUCCGGAGCUGCCGGGGGCCGCGCGAGCAGGAGAGACCCUGCUUCCACCGGGCCUGCCCGGUGGACGGCGCGUGGGGCCCGUGGGGGCCCUGGUCCGACUGCCCGGGGGGCUGCGGGGGGGUCCGGCUGCGCAGGAGGGGGUGCCAGCCCCCCCAGAACGGCGGCCGCGCCUGCGAGGAGCUGCGCGGGGGGAGCCCCGGAGCCCUGGAGAUGGCCCCCUGUGCCCCGGGGGGGUGCCCCAACGCCUCGGAGUGCGCGGAGGGGUUGCGCCCCCUCCCCUGCGCCCCCUGCCCCGCCUCCUGCGCCGACCUGGCGGCCGCCGUCACCUGCCCGCGGCCCCCGCCCUGCCGCCCAGGGUGCUGGUGCCCGGCGGGGCGGGUGCUGGACGCCCCCGAGCCGGGCGCGGGGCCCGCGGGGUGCGUGCGGCCGCGGGAGUGCCCGUGCCGGGCCGGGGGGCGCCGCUACCCCCCGGGCGCCCCGGUGCCGCUCGGUUGUCGCCUCUGCACCUGCCUCGAGGGGCAGCUGCGACACUGCCGCCCCCACCCCGGCUGCUCAGUGGACUGCGGGUGGUCGUCGUGGUCGCCGUGGGGCGCGUGCGCGGGCACCUGCGGGACCCCCGGCGUGCAGUGGUCCUUCCGCAGCCCCUCGAACCCGGCCCGGCGCGGGGCGGGCCGGCACUGCCGCGGCAUCUACCGCAAGGCCCGACGGUGCCGCACGGCGCCGUGCCGGCGGUGCCAGGAGCGGGGCCGCUGGCGCGUCCCCGGCGAGCGCUGGCGCGGGGGCCCCUGCCAGGUGUGCCAGUGCCUGCCGGGUGGGGCCGUCCGCUGUGUCCCCUACUGUCCCCUCCGCGAGUCCGGCUGUCCCCAGGGCCAGGUGCUGCGGGAAGGUGACGGCGGGUCCUGCUGCGCCUGCGGCCCCGCGGGUGACAACGCCACGGCCACCCCGCCCGGGAUGACGACAGCGCUGUCCCCCCCCGCGCCGGCCGAGGCCCCCGGCAGCCCCGGCCCCACGGCCGGGCCCGAGGGGCCCAGAAGCGCCGAGACCCCCGCGGAGCCCCCCAGCGAGGACGAGGGCACCCCCAGAACCGCGACCCCACCCGAGGACACCCCGAGGCCCCCCGGAGGCCCCGCGACCCCCCACGAGCCCCCCCAGCUCCGUGCGUUGUCCUCGCUGGCUCCCACGGGGGUCCCCGCCGCGACCCCCCCAGGCUGCGCCCCCCCGCCCUGGGGGGGGUGGGGGUCCUGCAGCCGCUCCUGCGGGUUGGGGGUCGCUCUGCGGCGCCGGGGGGAGACCCAGCCCGAGGGGGGCUGCGCCCACCCCCCCAACACCGACACCCGCGUCUGCUUCCUGCGAGCCUGCCCAGUGGCGGGCGGGUGGGCGCCCUGGGGGUCCUGGAGCGCCUGCGACGCCCCGUGCGGGGCGGGGCACCAGACCCGCCGCCGCAGCUGCAGCGACCCCCCCCCAAAAAACGGGGGGCGGCCGUGCGAGGGAGGGGCCCUGCAGAGCCGGCCCUGCAACCUGCGGCCUUGCGGGGACCCCCCAGCCUGCCCCCCCCAGAUGCUGCUGGUACCCCCGGGGGGGUGCGAGGAUCUGGGGGUCCCUCCCUGCCCCCCCACCUGUGCGGACCUGAGUGGGAACAGCUCGUGCCCGGGGGGCUGCGAGGAAGGCUGCCGGUGCCGGGCCGGGCUGGUCCUGCAGGGGAGCGGCUGCAUCGAGCCCGGGUACCCCAAAACCCCACUGUACCCCAACCCCGUAACCCAGCCACCUCUGUACCCCAAAUCCCACCCCGCCUGCGGGGUCCCUGCGGGGGUGAUGGGGGUCCCCGGGAAUCGGGGGCCCCCUGAAUCGUGCGGGUGGUCGCGCUGGACCCCCUGGACCCGCUGUGACUGCGGCACCGGGACCCGGCAGCGCUUCAGGUCUCCCACCAACCCCGCGGCCGCAGCGGGCGGUGCCCCCUGCACCGGGACCCCCCGAGAGGUUCGGGGCUGUCCCGAGCUCUGCGGACCCGAGCCCGCGAGCGCGGGGCCACCUGGGGCCACCGAGGCGCCCUGGCUCCCGGGGUCCCCCCCACGGCCGCCGGGGGGCACAGAGACCCCAGAGUCCCCAGGGUCGCCGUGGGCUCUGGAGCCGGCGUGGGGCACGGAGCCGCCCGGGGUGCCGGGGUCCCUGGAGCCGCUGUGGGUCCCGGAGUCCCUGGAGCCCCCGGAGUCCCCGGAGCCCCCCGAGCCCCCGGAGUCCCCGGAGCCCCCGGAGUCCCCGGGGCCCGCGCUCGGCCGGUGGUCGCCGUGGAGCACGGAGUCCCCGGCGGUGGCGGUGUCGCCGUGGGGCACCGGGCCCGGCCAGGCCCCCGAGCCGCCGGUCGCCGCCCGGGGCCGGUGGUCGCCGUGGGGGCCCUGGGGCGGCUGCAGCGCCCGGUGCGGGGGGGGCGAGCGCUGGCGGCGCCGGGGCUGCGGGACCCCCCCGUGCCCGGGGCCGGCGCUGCAGAGCCAGAGCUGCCACAGCCACGUGUGUCGCGAGGCCGGGUGCCCCCCGGGCCGGACCUUCCGUGAGUGCGGGGGGGGCUCCGGGUGCCCCCGGAGCUGCGCCCACCUUGGGGGGGCCGUGGGGUGCGCGGGGGGGUGCCAGGAGGGCUGUCACUGCCCCCCCGGCACCUUCCUGCACCGCCGCACCUGCCUGCAGCCCCAACAGUGCCCCUGCUCGGUGCCGGCCGCGCUGCUGCGGGGGGGCACGCCCGGGACCCCUCCCGGGAGCCCCCCCGGGACCACCCCCGGCCCGGAGCCCCCCGGGAGCCCCGCCGGGGACCCCCCGAUCGUGGAGCUGCCGCCGGGCGGGACCCUGUCCGUGGGUUGCGCCCUCUGCACGUGCCUGUGGGGCCGCCUGCGCUGCGCCCCCCCCGGGGGCUCCCCCUGCAACGGGACCCCCACGGCGACACCGACCUGCCCGAGCCCCCCCUGCGCCGCGGAGCCCGGCCCCACAGCGGAUCUCAGCCCUAUAUCGGAUCUCGGCCCCAUAUCGGAGCCCGGCCCCACAGCAGAGCCCGGCCCCACAGCGGAUCUCAGACCCAUAUCGGAUCUCGGCCCCAUAUCGGAUCUCAGCCCCACAGCGGAUCUCAGCCCCAUAUCGGAUCUCAGCCCCACAGCGGAUCUCAGCCCCAUAUCGGAUCUCGGCCCCAUAUCGCAUGUCAGCCCCACACCGGAUCACGGCCCCACACCGGAUCUCAGCCCCAUAUCAGAGCCCAGCCCCACACUGGAUCACGGCCCCAUAUCGGAUCUCAGCCCCACAGCGGAUCUCAGCCCCACAGCCCCAGGGGACGAGGAGGAGGCCGGGGGGUCCCCGGCGGUCCCGGUGGUCCCGUGGGGGCCGUGGGGGCCGUGGGGGCCCUGCAGCCACACCUGCACCCGCCCCGAGAGCCCCGCGAGCCGGAGCCGCCGCCGGGGCUGCGCGGGGGGAAACUGCGGGGCGGGGGGCAGCAGCCAGCGACGGCCCUGCAACCUGCCCCACUGCCAGGCGCCCCCCUGCGUGACGCCCCCCUGCCCGUGCCGGUGGAGCCCCUGGGGGCCCUGGGGGUCCUGCUCGCGGCCCUGCGGGGGGGGGCAGCAGCGGCGGCUCCGGGCCUUCGCCCCCCCCGGCCCCGGGGACCCCUGGUGCCCCCAAAUCCGGGGGGGCCACGAGCAGCGGCGGCCGUGCGGGGUGACGGCGUGUCGGGUGAACGGCGCGUGGUCCCCCUGGGGUCCCUGGUCGCGCUGUGACGUCACGUGCGGGGGGGGCCGCUCCGUGCGCAGCCGCUCCUGCUCCCGCCCCCCCCCAAAAAACGGGGGCAGCCCCUGCCCCGGGAGGGGGCACGAGCUGCGGGUCUGCAACCCCCGGCCCUGCGGCCCGCGGUGCCCCCCCGGGCAGACGGUGUCCCCCUGUGCCAGCCGGUGCCCGCGGAGCUGCCGGGACCUGCAGGAGGGGGUGUCCUGCGAGGGGGGGGCCCCCUGCGAGCCCGGCUGCCGCUGCCCUCCCGGGACGCUGGAGCAGGACGGGGGCUGUGUCCCCCCCGCGCUGUGCGAGUGCCUGGACGCGGGGGGGCACCUCUGGGUGCCGGGGGGGGGCGGCCACCCCCGGGACUGCCGGAACUGCACCUGCGCGGGGGGGCGGCUGCGCUGCGUCCCGGGGGGGUGUCCCCCCCCCAGCGCCACCCCCGGGACCCCCCCCGGGACCCCCCCCUGCGCCUGGAGCCGCUGGAGCCAGUGGGGACCCUGCAGUGUCACCUGCGGGGGGGGGCGGCAGGAGCGGUACAGGACUCCCAUCCCCCCCGAGGGAGGGGGGGGACCCUGCGGGGCCCCCCAGGAGCAGGCUCGGCGCUGCGAGGAGACGCCGUGCCCCCCCGUGUGCCCCUGGGCGGGGGGCGAGCGGGGGCUGGGCGAGCGCUGGAGCCCCGGCCCGUGCCAACAGUGCACCUGCACCCCCGAGGGACCCGAGUGCUGGGACACGCCGUGUGCGGCCGAGCCGUGUGACUGGAGUCCCUGGGGGCCCUGGGGACCCUGCGGAGACCCCUGUGCGGGGGGGUCGCGCCUGCGCCACCGGCACCCCCUGAAGCCCGAGACCCCCGGGCGGGCGUGCGCGGGGGUCCGCACCCAGAGCGAGAGCUGCACCUCCAGCGCCUGCCCCGAUCCCGGCUGCGGCGGGGGGGGCCGGACCCGCAGCCCCUGCGCCGGGCGCUGCCCCCGGACCUGCGCGGACACCUGGGCGCCGGUGCUGUGUCUGCAGGGGCCCUGCGAGCCAGGGUGCCGGUGCCCCCCCGGGCAGCUGCUGCAGGACGGGCGCUGCGUCCCCCUGAGCCGCUGCCGCUGCGGGACCCCCGGCGGGGAGCACGGGAGCCGCGAGGUGUCCCCGGGGACCCUGACCCAGAUCGGCUGUCACAACUGCACCUGCGAGAACGGCACCCUGACGUGCCCAGCGCUGGCGUGUCCCUCGCCGGGGCCCGCCACGCCCGCCAUCCCCACGUCCCCCCGGUCCUCCGUGUCCCCCCUGUCCCCCGCAUACCCCGUGUCCCCUCUGUCCCCCUCGCCCCCUCUAUCCGCCCUGCUCCCGCUGUCUCCCGAGACCCCCCUGUCCCCCGCCCUGUCCCCGUGGUCCCCCUGGUCCCGCUGCUCCCGCAGCUGCGGCGGCGGCACCCGGAGGCGGCAGCGGCAGUGCCGGGAGCGCCCCGGGACGGGGCCGCCGUGCGGGGAGAGCCCCGGGGAGGAGACGGCGGCGUGUAACCCCCAGGCGUGCCCCGUGCCGGUCCCGGUGCCGUUCCCGGUGGCCCCAGGCUGCCCCCCGGGCGAGGUAUGGCUGGACCCCGGCCCCGCCUGCGAGCGCAGCUGCCAGGACCUGGCGGAGCCCCCCGGGACUUGCGGGGGGACCCCCGCGACCCUCGGAACCUCCGGAUCCCCGGCGACCCCCGGGACCCCCGUAACUCCGGACAGCUCCAGCACCCCCGGGACCCCCGCGACCCUCGGCACUCCCGCGACCCUCGGGACCCCCUCGACCCCCCCCGCGCUGCGCCUGCGCCCCCGGGCGGUACCGGAACGGCUCCGGGCAGUGCGUGAGCGCGGGGGGCUGCGGCUGCCGGCACCGCGGGGCGCUGCGAGCGGCCGGCAGCGAGUGGCAGGAGCAGUGCGGAACCUGUCGCUGCUCCGAGGGACGCGUCACCUGCGCCACCUCCUGCCCCGCACUCACCUGCCCGGAGGGCGCGGAGCCGGUGCUGGAGCCCGGGAGCUGCUGCCCCGUGUGCCGGGACGAGUGGCCAGCCCCCCCCGCUCACGCCGGGCCCCCCCCCCCCACGGUGCAGAGGAGCCCCCCGGGCCGUGCCGGCUCCUCACGGCGCUCCGGACCAUCGCCAAGGGCGCGUGUGUCCUGCGGGGCGUCCGCGUCGCCUACUGCGCGGGGGCGUGUCGCUCCCGCACCGCCGUCAGCGCGCAGGAGCCGUACGUGCGGUCGCUGUGCGAGUGCUGCAGUUACCGGCUGGACCCCGGCCGGCCCGUGCGGGCCCUGCUGCUGCCGUGCCCCCGCGGCCGCCCCCGGCCCGCGCUGCUGCCCCGCAUCGCCGAGUGCCGCUGCGAGCCCUGCCGGGGCGGGGACUUCAGCCGGCGCUGAGGAGACCCCCGGACACCGCCCCUGCCCCCCGCCCUGCGUCG